AUGCCCAGUCCUCUCAAAGCCCGCCGUAAUGGCCCGCCGAUGAGUGGAGACGAAUGGUUUAAAUACACCAAGGAAGAGAAAGCCAGAUUGAAGACACCAGAACAAGCAAAACUUGAGGAAAUGGAAGAAGCCCGCCAGCAAAGUAUGCUCAAGAAGAUUGAACUGGUACCAGCAGAGCAAGAACAACAGCGCGAGCGAUGGGCUGAAUGGCUUACCCGAUGGGUCUAUUGCACAGAAGGUGCUCAUCUAACCCUAACAGACAUCCGUUACGCCCGCGUCUUCGCCGACAAGACCCAUAGGAGCCAAGGCGCCGCAGAGAAUUGCGCUACAUUCAUCCGGGAUGACGAAGAGCUGGAACGAGCUAUCGGACGUAAAUUGAACGGAGUGCUUGAGGUCACAUCCUCGAAAAUUCCGUACUAUGACUCGAAAAUCGUGAAAGCUCUCGUGUCAGCUGGUAUUGAGCCUCCCCCAACCACUGUGCUUACGAUUGCUGAGUCGAAGUUUCUAGGUCCUGGUUCAUUUGCUAAGCUUCAGCAGAUGGAAUUGUCCCAUGCCGUCCAUCUAGGCAGACAAGAAUUAUUGAAUGCUUGCAUUCGGUUCCUGAAGACUGAGGAGAUACAACUGAAAGUUGAGAUAUACGCUGCAAAAUAUCCCACGGCUCAAGAUCUCUCUUCUCGGCAGGCUGCUCGGCUAUAUAGUGAUCUCAGUGCCCAUCAUCCGUUCUUCAAGUAUGUGAUCCGUUCUGUCUUUCCGCUUGCCAAAGCCCUUGUCGACACGUUCAGGUCCCUGAAGACUAUUGACAAGUCCAGAAAGGAAGAUAAGCCCCAAUUGAAGGUUGAAGGUCUGGUGCCGGGCUUACUGAAAGAACUACAAUCGAUUUUCCCAGCUUGGAAGUAUCUCACCGAUCUCGGCCGACGAGUUGCUAGUGACGGUGGUCCGUUCAAUCACACAGUCACCUUUGCCCACGUCCUGGUAGAACACAGCAGCGUCGAGCUCGUUGAGGAGUAUCUACGACAAGGAGGAGAUGUCAAUGUCGGAGGACCGCGCUGGACACUCCUGCAAGCCGCCGUAUCAAUGCAUACAUACAACAGCAGAAUGAACAAGAUCGUGGACUUGCUUCUUGAACACGGCGCGUACGUUACAUUGUCGAAGGCGGAGCAUGGCUCUGCGCUCCGAACGGCAGCUAUUUAUGGGAAGUGGGUAUUGUUGGAGAAGCUGCUUGUUUGGUGUCUAUUUUCUGGGGCGUGGAAGAUUGCAAAUGAUCUCAGAUUUAUCAUGGAUGUCAUGGAUGAGCAGGGGGGUAUAAACCCGGGUGAGAACUUUUCUGAUCUGCCUGCUCCUGAACGGAUUGCUUUGUAUGCCAAGAGGCAGGUUAUUCGUAUCAUUGAAGAUCAGAUUCACAGGGAUGAACAGGUGAUCAAGAGGCAUCCGUGA